GUGAGCAUCUGCCCGCACACGCACGCACGCGCAGACGGGGAGGAUGCUCCCUUGAUUCAGACAACAGACGCGGAGCAGAGGAGGAACCGGACGCACUAACGGACCCACCGCCUGCACGAUCCACCGUCCACCGGCACCGGGACCGGGAGCGAUCCACCGGCACCGAGCUACCGUCAGUGAGCCCCGACGCGGCGGGAGGAUGAAGAAGAGCAACCAGAGAGGAAGGGGCCUUCAGGACUCGGGUCAGCCGGUGGUCCAGCAGCCGGAGAAGGUGGGCUGGAUCAGGAAGUUCUGCGGUCGAGGGAUCUUCAGGGAACUGUGGAGGAACCGGUUUGUGGUCCUGAGAGGAGACCGCCUGUACAUGUCCGACAAGGAGGUGAGAGACGAGCGGAGGGCGCAGGAGGUCUUCGAUCUGGCCGACUACGAGCGCUCGGAGGAGCUGAGGAAAGCAAAGAGUCGCAGCAAGAAGAACCACAGUCGCUUCACUCUGCUGCGCUGCAGACAGCCGGGAAACAUAGUUCCUAACCUUGUGUUUCUGGCGGUGAGUCCUGAGGAAAAGGAAUCGUGGGUCAAUGCCCUGAACGUGGCCAUCAUCAAAGCCAAGAACCGCGUUUUGGACGAGGUGACCAUCGAGGAGGACAGUGCGCUGGUCCAUCCCACCAGAGACCGGGUGAAGAUCCCUCACGGCCGCCGGCUGCCCACCCGAGGACACCUCAUGGCCGUGGCAUCCACCUCCUCCCACGGCAUGCUGACCCUGGACCUGGUGGCCGAGGAGGAUGCUUUCCCCCCCGACUACGAGUCCUGGGAGAACUUUCAGGUGGACCCGCGAUGGGGGGGCUCGUGCGGACAGGUGGCCAGCGUCGGGUCCUGGGGGGUCGGCGUCCGUCAGCGAGCCGGCACGGAUGUGUCCAAGCUGCGGGCCACCCCCAAGGAGCCCAAGGUGAAGACCAGCAGUCUGCCCAGGGGGAGCGAGCUCUCCUGGGGCAAGCAGCCCCACCUGGAGGCCUCCAAGGUCCUCAAAAUCCAGCAGGUGCAGGUCCUUAAGGCUCAGACGCCCCAACCGGGGAAGAGGUUCAGCAUGCAGGGCCGGAGCCGCUGCGCCUCCUUGGACGAAGUCCUCUCCUCCAGGCCGGCGAUGAUUCGCUCCGAGUUGCGCUCGGCCCUUCGGCGCCGUCCGGCGGAGGAGGAGGAGGUGGCGGGCGGCGGCUCGGUGGUUCAGCCGGUCGGUCAGCUGCAGAGCCUCAUCGCUCAGAGGAUGCAGAGAGCCCAGGAGCUGCUGGAGGAAAUGAGGCUGCAGGAGCUGCAGAAGGCCCAAGCAGAGCGAGAACGAGGAGGCAGCUCACCGUACCUGAAGGGCAUCGACUCCCCCUGCCUCCACCACCUGAGGGGCUCUGACUCGCCUCACUCCAGCAGGUCAUCCGGAUCUCCGAGGAGCCGGAGCAGCGACUCUCCUCGCCUCAGGGGCAAAGACUCUCCUCGUCUGAGAGGGCGAGAGUCUCCUCGGUCCAAAGCCAAGAAGAACCGCUCCAGAGGAUCCCGUUCGCCUGCCCCCAAAGCCACCGAGUCUCCUCGGACGAACGCCGUCCGCUCCCCCAGGCUCAGGGCUCCUUCAGGCUCCUCGAGCCUCGGCAAGGAGCACGACUCUCCUGCACCCAAGUGCCCCGAGUCCCCUCCCGACUCCCCGCGGGGGGGUCAGCCCCCCUCUCCUCGUCCCGGGAGCAGCAAGGAUUCGCCGUGUCCGAGUCAGAAGAACUCACCGAGCUUCUCGGGAUCCUUCAAGUCACCCAAAAACCCCAACGAACACCCCCUGCUGCCGGAGGAAGACCCGCAGGUGAAGAGGAGGCGCGAGGAGGCGGGCCGUCUCCUGGAGGAGGCUGUGUCGUCGUGGAAGGAGGCGCAGGAGGUCCUGCAGGAGGUGAAGGAGCUGCAAAGCCAGACGCUGCGGCGGCAGCGCCGGAGGACCUACGAGAAGAUGUCGCUGACGGCAGCGGCGGCCGGGUUGCCCCGGGCAACCACGGCGGCCGAGGAGGAGGACACGCCCCCCUCCCCCAACUCACCCGAAGAGGAGGACGAGUCGGAGACGCCGUGACCAGGAGGUCUCAGCGGGACGUUGGAUUAGUCCACAGUCUCCCGGCUCUUCUUCAUUUCUCUACCUGUGCUGCACGUUUCUUCUUCUUCUUCUUCUUCUUUUAAGCCGCUCCGUGGAGUUCAGAGACACCAGGAGGUAUUUUUGGAAGAUAUAAAAAAAAAAAACUGUCUUGUCUUUUUAAAGAGACUUUUUUCCUCAAUCAAAGAUGUCAACAUUUAUACAAAAGGGAACUUUUUUAAUAAGACAAAAACACAAAGGCACUGACGAGCACAUUGUUUCCUACCAGCAGGUGAUUUUGAACCCUUGAGGUCUGUUUCCUGAUCGAUUUGAUCAUUUAUACUGUUUCACAUCCGUCUGGAUCUCUGAUGACAAAUUUCAUCUCAGAUUUCACAGAUGUUUAGAGGAGAAUCAGGGAGUUUGAUAUUGAAGUUCUACACAAGGAGAAGAAGCAAUAAUCGGUCUUCCCUCACUCUCCACGUGUUGGACCCUGAUGGGAUGAAAUGGUUUAUCUUUUCAUGCAAUAUUAACUUACCAGUAUGCAACAUGAGGAUCAGGACUCAAGAACAUUUUUAGAUAUGAAGCAAUUCAUUUUAUUUGUAUAAAAAAAACAAAUUUCACAAACUACAGAGAAGUCAGAGGGGUUUACAGUCUGUGAAAUCCCUGCCAAUAGUUUUAAGAGAAUGAGGAUAAAGUUACUUAAAAGAUUCAAAUCGAUGUCAUAGACCCUGCGAUGUGUACAUAAAUAUUUCUUAUCAAACAACACUUUAAUUUAUCUUAACUUCCACAGAUUAAAUCUCUCAGUUUAACUGAGUCAUCAAACUAAAUAUAAUAAAAAUGUUCAGGUUUGACAUUUUUGAACAAUUAGAAGUGAUUGUUAGCUGCACAACAAUAUGUCUUUUUCUAUAUUAAAACAUGCACUUUUUGUAAUAUGGAGGACAUGAAGGGCUAAGGGAAUAAAUAUGAGCCAAGCUUUUCUCAGCUGAAAUAUUCACAUUUGUUUCUCUUGUCUGUGAUGUCAUGCAGAAGAACUCGUCACUGUGAGUAAAGUUGUUGAACAAAUGUAUUUAUGUUGAUUUAUUUGAAAGUUGAAGCACAUUUACAGUUAAAAGUUACUUUAAAUGCCACUGCGUUUUUUCUCUUCGCUCAGUUUAUUUCACUCAAGGUUUGUACAUUGAUGUUUUUAAAUCAUGUUACGGUAUGUAUUCAAUGCAUUGUGGGUAAGAAAAAUGUUUAUUUUCCGUUUCAUGAGUCUCCGUUUUCACAUGCAGAAUAAAAUGAGAUGAAGAAAGCUGCCAGCAGAUCAGAUCAUUCUGAAGGUUCCACAGAGCGAUGGCCAGGGUCGUGGGUUCGAUCCCCGGCUGAGUCCAGGGUUGUGGGUUCUAUGCUCAGUGCUUGAUUCGGUUUCAGGGAUCAGCUGCUCUGUGAUUUUACUCUCAAAAUAAUGCGCAGGGUUAUGCCUUUAACUUUCCUUUGAUCCUCUUCACACAUGUUUUAAUUUAGCUUUAAUAUCUUAAAACGUGACAUCGAUUCAGAUUUUUAAAAUCUAGAAUUUGGUCACAAACGCAGAAAUUACAUCCAGCUACGCUAUUGGCUGACAGCCCAGAGAGCGUCAUCAUUGAGGACAGACACACAAUCUGUGGGUGUGUGUGCGUGUUGUCGAGGUGGAGUUGUGUAAUGGAGCGAUAACGUUUGUACUGCCCUACAUCUGCUCGGCAUUACAGCUCACUGACCUGAGAGAGAGAGAGUGUGUG